UUCACUUUCAGAAUCCUCUCGAAAACAUGCUGUGCCCAACUCCACCUCAGUGUCUCCCUUGGUGUUCCAGUGCAAACCAGUGUGUGACAGAGGCCAGGCUAGGGGAGAAAGAGCAAGGGGAUUAGUGACCUGACCCGGUCACACUGGAUUUCUUCCCUGGGGCAGUAAAUGCUGAUUGGAAGACAGGCCUGAUAAAGGUCUCCGGGAGUGCAGAGGCCCCAGAGUGGACCUGAGAGAGGCACAGCUGUAGAUCAUGGUCCUGUGAUUCAGAAGUCAGCACCAGGCUAGCAGCACUGAGACCUGAGGGAGAGACUGUGUGGAAGGUGGAAGACCCUGCAUCAUAAAUUAUCUUUCAAAAGCAAAUGGCACCUUUGCCAUCCAGGUUUUGAAGACGCUGUGUCAAGACAGACCUUCACAAAAUGUGUUUUUUUCUCCCCUAAGCAUCUCCUCUGCCUUGGCCAUGGUGCUCCUGGGGGCAAAGGGGAACACCAAAGACCAGAUGGUUCAGGCAAUGUCUUUAAAUACAGGAAAUGUCUUUAAAUACAGAGGAAGACAUCCAUAAGGGCUUCCAGAUGCUUCUCACCCAAGUGAACAAGCCUGGCUCACAACAGCCAACAGGCUCUUUGGAGAGAAGACCUGUGAUUUCCUUUCAGCAAACAUUUAAGGAGUCCUGUCUUCAGUUCUACCAUGUGGAGCUGGAGCUGCUGUCCUUUGCUGAAGCUACAGAGAAGUCCAGGGAGCACAUAAAUACUUGGGUCUCAAAAGAGACAAAAGGAAAAAUUCCAGAGUUGCUACCAAUGGGCUCAAUUAAUGAGCAGGUCAGGAUGAUUCUUGUCAAUACCAUCUACUUCCAAGGAACAUGGUACAAGCUAUUUGACAAAUCAAGCACAAAAGAAAUGCCUUUCAAAGUAAACCAGGAGGAGGAAAGGUCAGUGCAGAUGAUGUGGAAAGAAGCCAAUUUUAACUAUGUCUACAUCCGUGAGGCCCAGACACAGGUGUUGGAGCUGCCCUAUGCUGGCAAGACGCUGAGCAUGAUCAUCCUGCUCCCAGAUGAGGACAUGGACCUCAGGGUGGUGGAAAAUAACCUGACUUUUGAGAAAUUCAUAGCCUGGACCAAGGCAGCCUCUUUGCAGAAUACUGAAGUGGAAGUUCUCCUUCCGAGGUUUAAACUGCAGGGGGAUUAUGACAUGGAGUCUGUGCUUCAGCGUUUGGGAAUGGUCGAUGCCUUUCAACAGGGCCAGGCUGACUUCUCUGCCAUGUCAUCUGAGACAGACCUGUGUCUGUCCAAGGUUGUGCACAAGAGUGUUGUGGAGGUGAAUGAAGAAGGGACUGAGGCUUCGGCAGCCACCAACAUAGAUAUAGUGGGUUAGUGUGAUUCAUGUUCACCAACAUUCUGUGCUGACCACCCCUUCCUUUUCUUCAUCAGGCAUCAUGAAUCCAACACUGUUCUGUUCUGUGGUAGGUUCUCAUCUCCCCAAGGGUUGCACUUCCUCUCCAUGGAGAUUUUCCCUUUUUCCAUGUCCCCAAAUUUUCACUACAGUUCAUAAGGAUGGGCCUUUAGGUGAACACCAAGUAGAAAAAUGAGGGCAAGGUCCUAAGCCUUCUGAACAACUUGCCAGUGUGAUCUCCUGAUACACCACACUCAGCUGUCCCCAUACUGCCCACUCAUUUGUACCAUAGAACCAGGGUCAUGGCCAAUAGACUGUCCUGAUUCCCUGUUGUAUUAUGUGUGCAGUACAGAUUGCAUAGGAUAGCUUGCAAACUUUCCCCAGAUGGCCCCUAACACAUUUCCCACUCAUUCCACAUGGAAUUCCUUUUACUUAUCUUGUGCUUUCCUGGUACUUCAAGGAAGUGUCUCAAUGGUAGAGCACUUGUCUAGCAAGUUAGGGUUAGACUCUCAUCACCACAUAUAAAUUAAAAUAAAUAAAAUAAAGAUAUUGUGUCCAUCUACAUCCAAAAAAAAAAAAACUUUAAUGAACAUUUUGUCUACCUUUGGCAUUCACCAAUCACCAUUGCAAUGCUACGCAUUGCAAUAUAUGCUAGGAACACAAGGGAACAGAAUCAUGGUCCUUUGGCACCUGCUCUUUAUUAUGUAUUCCCAAUUUAUACAGUGUCUAUGACAAACAGAUUGCACAGUUGAAGAGCUUUGAACUACCACAUACCCCCAUUGCAGCUAGGAUACCUUGCCUGGUAGUAUUGCAUUUCUCAACCUCCAACCCAAACAAUGACAUGCCAUUUAGUGCUUAAAGUUCCAUUAAUGUCAUCUUCUUCAGGACAUUUUCCCAUUCUCCAUAAUCAGAGGUACAUCUUUAAACUUUCACAAAAACUGCCCAUGAUAGUUGUAUUGCUUAUUUAUUAAUCAUUUUUGUUCUUAGUCUUUAGACUAGGCCUUAAAGUCUCCAAGAUUUGUGAUUAUAUUCUACAUGCUAUAGUGUGGUAUUAAAUAAUUUGAUCCUAUAUGACCUCUGUAGUAAUUUUUUAGUUGUUGAACAUCAACAACUUUGUUGUUCCUUUUAGAUAUUUUUAUCCCAAUGACAUCCACAUUUUCACAGUUCAGAGCCAUCUAAUACAUGGUGCAAAGGUGUUGUGCAACCACAAGUUUUACUGUGUGCCCAAAGGUUUUCAUUGCCUCCAAAAGAAAUCUGUAUCCACUAAGCAGUUAAUCCUUAUCCCUUUCUCCCUCUAGUCACUAGCAACCAUGAUUCUGCUUUUUGUGUCCAUGGAUUUUCCUGUUCUGCAUAUUCCGUAUAGACUGAAUCAUAAAAUAUA